CCCUUUCUUCGCGACGACCUGUUCGUCCUUAGGCUCAAGCUCCUCUCGCUCAGGCUUCUGGCCCCGGGGCUCCCCGGUCUGUUGUGAUUUUCCUCAUUUUCCGAGGCGAUGGAGGCAGGAGGCUGGUGCACCUCGCCACUGUCGUUCGGCAUCGGACGAAGGAGGGGAAGUGCAUGAUGAAAUUUGGAAAAGGAGGGUGACGGAGGAGAACGAGUAAGCUUGGUCGGGCGGUUGUUCGGUGGUGCGCUGCUUGCAGGCACGAGGGUAUGAUCGUUACUGCUCAAAGGAAGGGCCGAAAUUGCGGUGUUAGAAUGUACCGUCGGGGAUGGAGAGAGAGGAUACCGAUGGUGAGCAGAGGGAAUUGAGGGUGCGUCCGACGGUGGAGUGGAGGCGGGAGCUCGGAGGGAUCGAAACAUGGCCCAGACCCUAGUUCAAGGGUUUGGAAGUUGGUAGGCCCGAAGAGCAAGGUGAGUUUAGGCGGGAUAGUGGUCCUUGCGGAGCGGGAGAUCAAACAAAGUAGAGAUGGAAGGAUUAAAGAAACAGGCUAGUCCUCGGCCAUCCUGUACGCGCCGAGUUGUCGCUGGUAAGCGGCAGCGCCCUGACGACUCGAAAAACUGCCUCAAGAAAUUACUCAGACGGGAGAUUAGUCGUGCCGGUAACUGGGCAUUUAAUCGCUCCAACUCGCAGGAAAAAUUCCGCAAUUUUCAUCUUCAGGAAGAAUUUGACACACAUGAUCCCAAAGCCCACCACUUCUUGAAGCUCCCCUUCUUGAAAAAACGAUCGCGCAUAGUUGAGAUCGUAGCAGCACGCGACACCGUCUUCGCCCUUACUCAUUCCGGGAUCUGUGCUGCUUUCAGCCGCGAGACUAACAAGCGAAUAUGCUUUCUGAACAUAAGCUCGGAUGAGGUCAUCCGCAGUCUAUUCUAUAAUAAAAAUAACGAUUCUCUUAUCACCGUAUCAGUCUAUGCCUCCGACAACUACAGCUCUUUGAAGUGCCGGACAACGCCGAUCGAGUAUAUUCGAAGAGGUCAACCUGAUGCAGGCUUCCCAUUAUUUGAGUCUGAGUCCUUACGGUGGCCCGGGUUUGUCGAAUUUGAUGACGUGAACGGGAAGGUUCUCACUUAUUCUGCACAGGAUCGAAUUUACAAGGUGUUUGACCUGAAAAAUUACACUAUGCUGUACUCUAUCUCUGACAAGCAAGUUCAAGAAAUCAAGAUAAGCCCGGGUAUAAUGCUACUGAUUUUUGAUAGAGCUCCAAGUCAUGUUCCCCUCAAGAUCCUAUCUAUUGAGGAUGGCUCAGUGCUCAAACACUUCAACCAUCUUCUUCAUCGUAACAAGAAGGUUGAUUUUAUUGAGCAAUUCAACGAAAAAUUGUUGGUGAAGCAAGAGAACGAAAAUCUCCAAAUAUUAGACGUGCGGAACUCCCAGCUUACUGAAGUGAGCAGAACAGAGUUUAUGACACCGUCAGCGUUCAUCUUUCUGUACGAGAAUCAACUAUUUUUGACGUUUCGAAACAGAACUGUUGCUGUAUGGAACUUUCGGGGAGAGUUGGUAACGUCAUUCGAAGACCACCUCUUGUGGUAUCCAGACUGCAACACUAACAACAUAUACAUUACCAGUGAACAAGAUCUGAUUAUAUCGUAUUGUAAGGCCCAUCCGGAAAAUUGUUGCGAAGAAGCAGUGGGCUCGAUCAACAUAAGCAAUAUCCUCACAGGCAAAUGCCUUGCCAAAAUACGAGCAGAUGAUCCCAGUGUUGGCAUUAGCCCACGCGCCCGAGGAAACUCUUCAAUUAUCAGAAGUACAGUGCAAGAGGCUCUUGAAGACGUAACAGCGUUGUUCUAUGACGAGGAAAGAAAUGAAAUAUAUACUGGCAACCGGCAUGGCUUAGUGCAUGUGUGGUCGAAUUGAACAUAGUAUCUACGUUCUGGAGCCAGCAUAGAACCCGGUAUUGCUUUCCAUCGCUUAGUCAUACCAUGGACUUGGUCUGGCUUGUAUUUUAUAGGUAGGUCCGUGCAUCCUGUGAAGGAUUCACUGCCAGGGCUUAGGAUUAACAAAAAACGGUGUAGCUAGUUGAUAAUAGGGAGCAAAAGUUGGUUCGAAAAAACAAGCGAUGGAGUGCAGCUGGGUUCAAAUCCCAUUUAUAGUGUGCAGUUAGUGAUGGCAUACAUCUUGCAGCCGGACAUGUAAAGACGCAGGAUAUUCUGAAGCUCGGAGACGAUCGAUCUGUAGACAAUGAGAACGUGCAACACCGUAGCUUUCCCAAGCCGGAAUACGGGUCUGAAUAUUUAUCGGCCCUUAACGUGGUGUGCCCGGGGUGAGAGUCCUAUUUAAGUGGAGUUUUUGCGGCUGAGCAGGAGCGUUAGGACCACUUUAGUCUUGCAGAGUGGAUGGAUUUUCAUUACAUGACUGUGGCUAUCAUCACGAUCUGACGUCAAAUGCAAACAUUUGAUUUGUUAAGAAGGCCUUUUUUGCGGCAGUUCGGUUUGCGGUCCAAACUCGGGCCCGUUGCAUGUAAUUAUGGGUUCAGGUUUGUCAAAGGGUGGGCCAAUGCUUUCACAGUACCUGAAGUAUGCACAGUCAAAAGUAUCUGUCAGAACGAACUGUUGGCGAUGGUGUUCUCAUGGAGAUUAAGACGUAAAUUGUUCAUGGAUAAGGUGUUAACUAUCACAUCUACAGAGCU